CAUCUUCAUUCAUCUCCAUACCAAAUCAUGGGCUGGUGGCCAUUUUCUUCUAAUCAAGAGAAGGAUGUUCCGUCGUCUAAAGCUAAAACUCUGACUAGAGAAGAGCGUCAAGCUUGCUGGGAUGCACGAGAUCAGCUGUUCAGCUGUUUAGGUGACAAACCGACGAAUGAUACCGAUGAGAUUAGAAAGCUGUGCCCAAAGGAGUUCAAAAAAUACGAAGGCGCAUGUGCAGCCAGUUGGAUCGACUACUUCAUAAAAAGACGGAUGCUAGAGAUGAGGCAACAAGCAACUCAGGCAUCUAAUACUCAAAUUGAUUAAAUAUACUUUUAUAAUUUUAUAAUCUUAUCGAUCACAUCGCCACAGAGCUCCCUUUUUUCGCGCUCAGGCCCAAGGUCCGAGCAUGAAAAUUGUACGCAGUCAAAUUUACUAGAGUAUUUAAUCAACUUAAAUAGCUCUCUUGUGUGAAUUUUUUUUAUUGUUUAACUCUUAGUCACGAUUUGGUCAGUUGAUCCCGCUUAUACAAACAAG